AUGUCCGACCUCACUAAGGUUCUACAAACCGAAAUCGCAAUACACCUUACGGAAUUGCUUUGGAAGAGAACACAUCACGUCAUCAAGAGCCUGCGGAUGCACCGGAAGUCGAAGGUUCUUAUUGCAAAUUCUGGACUGGAGGAACUACUAGCAUUUCUUCGAUAUAACUGGUUCUCAAUGACCGACUACCUCUACAAUAAGAUCAGCAACAAAUUCCUGCAAGACUGGUUAUGGCGCUUUGAUGAUUUUUUCUACAUGACGGAGGACGUGCUCGACGACUUCGAAUUUAUGCUAUUCCCCAGUGACAAACCACAAGGCCGCGAUGAUUUUUCAGCAUUUGACGAAGCGAUGCAAAAGUUGCCGGAGGUCAUCGAUACGGCCGCUGACCUCUUCCUGGAAAUUACGGAUUUUAGGGUGGCGAGGAAGGAAUUCCCCAGAUUGUCUUACGAAGAAGUUAUGGAGAUGAGGACAAUACUAAAGAGGCCAGCGGCAUUCGAACAAGUCCAGAGCAGAGUAGAGAAGCCGCUGGCUACCAGUUCUGGACUCCCCACGUUGCCUUAUGAAGUCAGGGAGUUGAAAGGACGAGUUGUGGAGAAGAAUAAAAUACUAGAGGCGCUAUUUCACCGAGCAGAAGGAGAAUCUAAGAAGUUGCCUAUAUCGAUCAGUAUCUCCGGCCCGGUGGGAAUAGGAAAGACGGAUCUUGCCCGCGCUGUUUAUAACAGUGCACAAGUAGAAGCUGAAUUCGAUGUCAGAGCAUGGAUUUACAUGGGCAACCAUCAUCUUGACAAGUGGCUGACACUUCAAAGGUCAGAAUCUGACUCCGUCGACCAGCCGAGUAAGCUUCACAGAUCAUCAAUUUUGGACAUUUUGAAUAUCUUGGAAACAGAAAUGACAGCCAAGAAGGUGCUGAUCGUCCUGGACAACCUAGAGGGGAUGGGGGACGAAGUUGAUGUUAACAAUAUUAUCUACCAGUGCAGAAGAAAGGGUGCCAGAAUAAUAGUGACUACCCAAUCUGAAGAUGUAGGCAGAUUAUCUGCUGUGUGGUUGAAUGUGGAAUUGAAUGGGUUGGAAGAGGAAGAUUAUUUGGAAUUGUUCAAGGAAUGCGCACUCGGUGACAGAAAUCGCAACAAAUAUCCAGAGUUAGAAAAUAUAGUCGGAGAAAUAGCUAAAAGGUUUGGAGGAAAUCCCUUAGCUGCUGUGAUGAUAGGGCGUCACCUGAAAUGGCACCAAAGUGAAGAUCGCUGGAGGAUAAUCUCUCGUAGCAAUUUGGGCAUGAUUGAUCCAACAGAAAGUAACAUUUUAUCAGUGUUGAGACACAGUUACGAGAAACUACCUGGGGAUCAGAAGCAAUGUUAUCUUGCUUGUGCUCUGUUUCCCAAGAAUUAUCCUUUUAAACAAAAUCAGUUGUUUAAGAUAUGGAAAGCCAUUGGAUGUUGUUCACAUAUAUCUAAUCAGUCGUCUUGGACAUGGAAGAACAUUGAACCAUUUUUUGUCAGUUCAGCGAGAAAGGAUGGCGAGUUCAUUCUCCAUGCUAUUUUUCAUGAGCUUGCAGACUACAUAUGUGAUGGUGAGUUUUUUAGACUUGAGGAUGAAAUUAAGGAAGAAGAUGAUGUCGUACAAAUCCCAGACAAAGCCCGACAUGUGUAUGUUACAGCAGAUUACUCUGUCAAAGUUUAUCGAGUAUUGCAAGAGAAGACACACUUGCGUAGUCUUGUCAUCGGUGGAGUUCUAUCCUCUGAAGAACACAAGUCAAGCUUCAUGGGAUGGCUAGAAGAGGUGUUGCGAAAUUUGAAAGGCUUGAGGCUGCUGCUGAUCUAUGUGCUUCCAUCUGGGAAAUUGCCUGAUGCAAUUGGUGGUUUGAGACAUCUUCAAUACUUGGAAUUACCUAUAGACACAAUAACGAAGGAAUCAAUUCAAGAGCUUCCUGCUUGGUUAUCUGAUAAUCGAUUUGUUGGUUUAAGACGUCUUCUAAAUCUGAAGGCGCUAAGAGAAGCAAUAUUGAAGAAGGGAUCGAUUCAAGAGCAUCCAACUUGGUAA